AUGGACUCCGUCAAGACCAAAGACGUCCCCCAGAGCGCCAACGGCACCAAGCCCAUGACCAGCGUGGAAGAAUAUCAACGCCGAUGGGCUCAACUCAUGGACGACACAGCCAAGCAAAUCCAAAAGAUUCGAGGUGCGCAAAUCCGGUUCUCCCGGUCCCUGACUGACAUGAAGAACAAGCCCGAAAGCCCGGCCCGGGCUCCAGUCGAUGAUGGUCCCCCGAAUGCGCCCUUGCGCGAACGGUCAUGA